AGAGAGCUUCUUCACUGUCGCGCAUGCGCAAAAAACGCAACUUGCAUCGAACACUGAACCAUCUGACAAACCUAACACAAAUUGAUCUAUAGGAUUUUAGUAGUCACCAUGGAUAAAAUAUUAAAAUUCGGCGGUUAUCCCGCUGCGUAUGAUCCUGUGAAACACGGACCGUACGAUCCUGCACGCUAUUAUGGAAAACUCGAUACUUCGUUUUGGGAAUUAAAACUCAAAGAUAUUCCGGCCUGGUUCGGAAGACGUGAGAAAACGCCGCAAGCAUUCUUAGGAUCAUGUUCACGAGCAUUUUGGCGUUGGCAACACAGAUAUAUACAACCUAGAAAGGGUGGAAUUGCACCAUUCUAUCAUGUGAUAGUUAGCAGUAUGAUAUUCUUUUAUGUGAUUAACUAUAAGAAAAUACGUCAUCAUAAGAACUACAAAUAUCAUUAAACUUCCUCUACUGCAUAUAGUGUACAACUGCAACUACAUCAAUAGAUGAUUCCAAUAAAGGAAAUUAAUGUAUCAGUUGUAUGUGAGAUCAAUGUUUAGAACGUGUUAAAUAAAUGUUCAGUACAGGCAAAGGUA